GAGUUUGCAAUUACGUAAUUGCCCUUCAAUAAAGGGCAAGGUGUCUUCAGUCUUCAGGCACUCAUUCCUCUCAUCUCAUCUCUCUACUCUGCGCAAGCCACAGCUCCACGCCUCUCAUCUCUUCUCUCAGUUCUGCCUCUCCUUGCGCGUAGAGAUUUGAUCAACAAAACACCAAGCAACACCGAUUUGCUACCAAAAACCACCAGAUGGGUAAAAACACCACUUCCAACUCCGAGGCAAACAAAACAAGAGCAGAAUGGGGAGAUCCAAGUUGGACAACUACUUUUUGUAACCUUUGUGUGGAAGAGAUUGAAGUUGGGAAUAAAGGAAUCUUUGCUGCCUUAAGUGCCAAAGGUUGGAGCAAUUUAGUAAUCAAAUUUUGUGAUAAGACCGGUCUAAACUAUGAUAAGGAACAAUUAAAAUGUAGGUGGGAUGUAUUAAAAGCAGAUUGGAGAGUGUGGGAAAAAUUGAAGGGUUUUGACACAAAUUUAGGUUGGGAUGUAGUGAAGGGAACAAUUGAUGCUAGUGAUGAUUGGUGGGACAUGAAGUUGAAGGAAGUACCCAAAGCUUCAAAAUUUCGACAUAAAGGUCUACAGAAUCUACAACAACUUGAUAGAAUGUUUAGGGAUGUUGCAGCAACUGGAGCAGAACUCAUGUAGUACAAAUUUUUUUUUUUUAUAUUUUUAUGUAGUACAAUUUAAACUUGGAUUAUUGAUAUGUAUUUUAUUAUCUUUUUACAUUUUUAUGUAGUACAAUUUAAACUUGGAUUAUUGGUGUAUAUUUUAUCAUCUUUUU